ACAGGCGCCAGGUACAUCAGGAGGAAGAGACCAACAGAGGAAGAGAUUGUGUGAAGAGAGUGUCGGUCAGGAGGAGGGCAGCCACACGGCCGAGGUGAGGAGAUCUGCCAAGUGAUGGAGCUUGAAGUCACCAGCAGGAGACCACCGUUAGUCAGAAUGGUGGACCAGGACCGAGUGAGUCAAGCUUCCAGCGUAGCCACCAUCUCUUACAUCCCAGUCAGAAUGGAACGUGAUGGGAAGGUUCAGAAUUUUGGGAAAAGAUGUCAAGCAGCGAAAAGAGACCCCAACUGCCCUGUCGUCAUCAGAGGUUGGCUGAACAAAAAAGACAGCUCUGGCUUGAAGCUGUGGAAGAGACGCUGGUUUGUCCUCUCCAACUACUGCCUGUAUUACUACAAAGACAGCCGAGAGGAGUCAGUUCUGGGCAGUAUCCCACUACCCAGCUACAAGAUACUGUUCUGCACCCCACAAGAAUGCAAAAACAGAAAAUUCACCUUUAAGGUGGUGCACCAGGGGAUGCGCUCAUACUUCCUCAGCGCAGACACCCAGGAGGACAUGCUGGGUUGGGUUCGUGCCCUGAGUCAGUCAGCCGUGAUGGAGCCAGAGAACAUCUUGAGCAGGCGCUGCUCAAGUUAUCAGGACUUCACACAGAUAGGGGGCAGCAGUGAAUCAGUGGAUUUUCCGAAACCCCUCUCAGAUGGGGAGGGUCCCUCCCAAAGAAGCCGACACGUCACCAGGACUCUCAGUGAACCGAGUCACCUGACUGGUGGGAGAAUGGGGAUGUCUCACUCUGAACAGCGAGGGAGGAGGAGGGAGCGCCAGAGAAACAGCAGCCCUUCAGGCAGAACUCCCAGCCCCUCUGAUGCCAGCAGAAGAAGGGCAUGCGGUCCGAACCAUGAGGAGGAUUUUCUCACCUACAAUUCUGGACUCAACACUCCACCCACGCCGACUGAAAUCAUUGUUGCUGGUCCUUUGACCUCCAGGGGCCAGCUGGGGUCACGACCUCACACACCAGUGGGAAGAGUAGACAUUCGUCCCCAUGAUGACCAUGGCAUGGCACCACCAAGCCUGUUUUACUGCCCCUCUUCACCUAAGCUGGAGUUCAAGUCGACUCCCAACACUCCAGUGACGGAACGCUGGCAGAACAUGAGCAAGCCAACUCCCUCCUACGGUUCAGUUCAUCACAUGUCGGGUGGAAGACGACCAUUAGCCAAGAGCUACUCCACAGGGGCACAGGCAGACUUACUGCCCCCACUGCCCCCCUCAUCCAGGGCCGCACACGCAUCCCACCCACCACAACACCACCAUCACCAUCAUCACCAUCACCGCAGCCAUUUAUCUGUUUGUGUGCUUCCGUCGGCCAUGACCCCGAAGUCAGAGCCCAGAGACCCGCCAGCGUUCAGGCCUCUGGAAAGUGAUGCAGAUGCUGUUCUGACACGACUGUGUGGGUGCGACAAACUGAUGCAGACUUUAUCUCUAGAACUGGGUCAGUUACAAAUGGACAAGGAUAGCGUCCAUUGCGCUCUGGAAGUUACUCGACUGCAGCUGGACGAGUGGGCCCAUCAGGGACCCCGGGCUCACGAGGAAGUUCUGACCCAGAAAGCUUUGCUUCAGGAGGAACUGGUCACAAUCAGAGCGAGAAUGUGUGAUGUGUCGAUGGAAAUGGAGAGGGUGUGGAGUCAGUAUGAGAGAAUGGAAAGUGAACUGUCUGUGAUUCGAUCACACCUGCAGCACAUCUGUAACUUUGGAAUGCCACAGGAUCAGUCCCAGGCCCAAAGAGACCUGUGGAUGAUGGAAGACAUUCUCUCUGGAUUAAAAGUCAACAGGGAUCAUUUCCGCUUCCUGAUGGGAUUACACAUGUACCACUCCUCAGGACCACAUCCUGGAUCUCCUGGUUCUCCGAUAGAGCAACUGCACGGUGGGCCGUCCAUGAAUGAUGAGUCUCCCCCCGCCCGGCCUCCUCUACCACAGGAGCUGCAGGAAAGCAACAACAGAAACCAUGACCCUCGCUGGCCCGAGUCCCCUCAGGAGGGAGUCCACAGCCAAUCUGAACACAGAGGAGGCAACAGCCAACCUGAUCUUCUCAACGUGAAAGUACAGAAAGACAAACGUGAAUCUCAGUCCUGCUCCAAGUGGAGCACAUCUGACACAACAACCCAAUCGACCAAGAAGACGAGGAUGGGUGAGGAGGAGCAGCUGGAGAGGAUGAAGAAGAAUCAGGAAAGAUUGAGUAAAAUGAAAAAGCCUCCCAUACCAUCCCAUGGUCAAGCGCUGAGUCAAAGUUCAGAGACAAGAGAGGAGACUCCCUUCCCUUUAAGGGUUACUAGAGUUGUCACAGCAGUGCUGCCAACCUCUCUUGUGGCCCGCCGUGUCUCGGUUGAAGACCCCCCGCCUGAGUUAGACACGCCACUGCCAGAGCAAAUCCCACCUGAGAUGCAACAGCGACUGGCUGACCAGAGCAAAAAGAACAAGUCAACUAGGCGGCUGAUGCUCCAGACCACUGCCCAGAACAAGCCCUCGAUAGAAGUAAACCAGGACGUGCAGAGGCUCAGCCGACAUCAGCAGCCAGUUUCGCCUAGGAGCCCAGUCGCAGAGGAACAGGAGAGAAAUGAGGAUGAAAAAGACAAGCUAGAGGACGGACCUGCCUCCCUCCUGACCUCUGACAUAAAAACCGACCUGUGUCUGACCCCUGAGCAGCGAGAGGCCAAACUAAAGCGCGUGGAACGAAUACGGCAGAGAGUCAUCCAAAGUGCAGCCAGAGAGAGUGCAACGUCUCACAGUCAGAUUCCUGUCAGAGAGAAGCCCCAGAACCGCCAGGUGUCUCUUGAAGCGUCACGGACGGAGCAGGCUAACACAGUACUGCCUCCUACUGGUGCAGCCCAGGAUGGAGCGAAACAGGAUCGAGGUGUCUACAGUGAGGGCAGCAAAAAGAUGUUUGAAAGCAAAGCACAGCACCAAAGUGGCCGUCAGAGAGCAGCCGUUGCCAAAACAAAAGUCAAGCGUCCAGACUCACCAUACCAUGUGUCCUCCAUAACGGUCUAUCAGAAGGACGGAGGAAAGGGAUUCACCAGCCAUCAGGAGCAGGAGAAGGAAGUGAUGAAGAGGCCUGCUACACCAGAGGAUGAUGGAAGUCUACAUGAUGAAAAAGCCAAGUGGUUUCUGUCAACAAGUCAGUGGCAGGGUUUUAUUCCAUUGCAUAUCCCAGGUUUUGACAGAAGCAAUGAGGAGGUAAAUGAUGACCACCAACGGUCCUACCACGAUGAUGGGAACGAUGAUGGAGCCAUGUCACCUAACGUCAGCCAGAGUUUGGAGAAAAUGAAAGAGAACCAUUCACUGUUCUAUAAGAUAGCGUGUGACAUCAGCAUCUCAGACACCGAUAUAACAAAGAAUGACGUACAUCCGUCUUUGUCGUGUAAAGCAGAGGGAGGCGAGGAACUCUCGAUCACAGAACCUUCCGAUAAAGAAGACAAUUUCUCAGCUCAAGGUCUAUCAAACGACGUUUCAAACUCCUCAGCUAGUUCAACAGAACAAGCAGGUGUUCUUCAAAACCCCAGGGACACAUCGAAGCCAGCGUGCAGAAGCGAAGGUGAAGAGGCAGACUCUGAUAAAAGUGAUGAUGGAGUGAAUACAAGGAAAGACGUCGGGAAGAAGUCAGACAAAAAGAAUGAGGAGCUUGACAGGAACGGAACAAUCAGUUCUGUUGGUUUGCAUGACACAAUGAAGCAAGAAGAAGACGACAACCACAACUUCAUACCUUCAUCCGGCUCACAGCAGGAGGGCGGAGGUGUAAAGAGGAGCGCCUCCUUUGGGAGACCGAGACUGACGGUUUUAAGGACAAGUUUGUAGAGCGGUCAUAGAGAGAAACCUUCCAUCGCUGCACGACUUUUCAAUGGCGAUAGCAAAAUCAAUAUAAACAUUGACUGUACUAGCUUAAGCUCAGUCGAAUCUUUUAUCAAAGUGUAAGAUGUUUUGGAUCCACUGGUAACAAGGAGCAUAGUGUAUGUAGAGGUUAACCACAACCCUCAUCCCAAUAUCAAAAGCAGGAAACUUUGGAAGUUAGCAUCUCAGAAAUACACCAACAGAUCAGCAAGAAGACGCCUUUCUUCUUUCCCAAAAAAGACUGUGUCAAUCCUUAUAGCUUCUACAGUAACCUGGACCCAGUGUUAGAUGCUUCAGACAUGCUGCGAUACUUGAGACAGUUGGGCAUCAGGAAAAUUAUUCAUGUUACUGUAUUGCACCUGGUUGAUGAAUUCAUUGACACUUCUUCCUCUGAGAAGAUGAUCGCGACACAUAGCACAUUCACUGUGGCCAAAUGCCUUAGUCUUUCUACAUUGUCUUCGGCAUUAGCAGUACAUGUUUCUUUAGCCUGAGUUUUGCAUGUUUUAGCACAUACAUUUCAUGGCAUAUCAAGUAGUAUGUGUCUGUAAAUUUGUGUUUCCGUGCAGACUUUCAACUUCAACAACUUCACUGCUGCGUGUGCUGACCUUGAAGCCCAGCUUCUUUCACAUUGCUCAUAUGUCAGUGCUGCUUUACAGUUCCUGCUGUUUGCAAUACAUAAAUAGCAAAGGAAUUAACUUGUUUUCAGACCGAUGAUAUCAUUAUAUUGCUCCGAUUAUGAAACAAAUGAGGCUUUUUGGACACUCUAUAUCCCAGUUCAAAAAGACAGUAGUAAAGUUCAAGUAAUGUUGUGAACAAAAGUAACAAGAAUUACUUAAAAACAUUUUGUAUUAAUAUGGCUUUUUGAAGGAAAAAUACAGCUUUAUGAUCUGAACCCAAAGGUUGUGCAGUGAUGGUCGGUAAAUGACAAUAUGCCAGACUAGCAUGUCUUGGAGGUGGAUGACUAAUAUGAAGAGAAGGACCUCAGGAUCCACGUCUGGUCUGAGGAGUGGGCACGUUUUAUAAACUUUGUGAAUAGUGACUUCUGCAGCUACAUGCUCCAUUAUUAAUGCUUCCAUUCCUUUCUGUAUUCCCAUCUAACAAAGAUGUGACAUGACUGCUGUUGGACAGUAACUUAUCCUUGGUAUCGCAUCCGCUGACUUUUGUUUUGUAUCACAACCAAGCUGAUGAAUAAAGAUGCUCCAGCUCGACUGCACCAGCUCAAACCUGAGGUUUCCCCUGCAUCUGGAUUGAAAGAAGGAGGGGAAAAACGCUCUGUCUCUGACAACAACCAAAAAAAAAAACCUGAUGCAGAAUUAAA